AUGCUCGAUGUUGACAUUCCUGCUAAGUACAAGCAGCAGGAGCUGGACCUCAGGAAGAAGUAUGCUGAGGAGCUCGCUGCAUGGAAGACGAGUGAGGCCUUCCAGGCAUUCGCCAUGGAGGUGGACGAGUGGUCAAAGACCGAGGAAGCUCAGAACACGAAGAAGCCUCGCAAGAGCUUCAAGACCUGGAAGUUGAAGAAGAUCCAGAGCAAGAGGGCAGCUGACAAGCUGGCUGACAGGGAGCGCAAGAAGGCAGAGAUGGCAGCUGCCAGGGAGAGGGCAAAGUUCGAGAAGGCUGCCGGCAAGAGGAAGGGCAAGGUGGCAAAGGCGGGCGCCCCUGCGGAGCCCGAGCCCCCUUUGGUGGAGAUCCCGCCGCCGCUGGAGAAGGAUCCCUUUUGGGACGAGUGCUUCUCUGGCGCAGAGGCCUUCCUGGAUUCCCUCGAUAUCGAUGUCAUCGUUGGCGACCGCAUCGCAUGGGCAGCGGCACAGAAGGGAGGUGCGGCUGGCAUGGACUUGCUGCGCAAGCUCCAGCGGCUUCCCUUCAAGGCCUCCAGCUUCUUCCGUCGCCGCAGCGCCGACUGUCCCGAGACACCGCUCCACCAUGCGCUGCUGCACAAGGACAUGGAGAUGAUACAGCUCUUCGCCAAGGAGAUGUGCCGGAGCAACAAUGCCACCUACAUCGUGCAGUCCAUCGUCAAUGGCGUCAUGCACUUCGACCUUGCCGUUGGAACUGAGAUUUGGUACUGGCCCCGUCAUGAUCCUGGGAGGGGAGGGCUGAUUCCUCGAACUGGUCCUUCGGAGCAGGACGCCCUCGUCCCGCACGGAAAGGAUACUGGAGUUGGGUUAAAGAGCGGCGAUGCCGUGUUUGUGCGGGAGUUGCGUGGAAUGUGGAUUCGAUCGGAUCGUGGCUGGUUCCCUUUGAUGGCCGGAAACAACGUGCAGUUCACGAAGGAAGACCCGCAGCUGACGCGCACGCGUCGCCGAUUCAUCGGCAGUUGUUUUGCUCCUGCAUCUCCCAAGACAAGCAGCCAACCCAGUGUUCGACUCCAAGAGCGUGUGCAGGGUGAGCCAAUUUGCAGGCCAAACCCUGGGCUCCGUGGCCAAGCGAACGUCCAUGUUCUGGAUUUGGUGAGGGUGCGGAGCCGCGAUGCCUUCGGCAAGCAGGUCUUCAGAGUCUUCCGUGAGAUCAAAGCAGAGCUCACGGCCAGCGAACCUGCAAGGUAUCAGCUUCUGCGGUUGCUGAAGCACCUGGACUCCGCCACGCAGCAUGGUCAUGUGCUCUGA